AUGUCCCUUCGCCGCCUUGCGCGGCCCGCCUGGCAGGCCUGUCGCCCUCUGGUCCGACGCUUUCCGGUCUUCUCGGCACCCGCGCGCCACUUUUCGGAGGUCGCCUCGGCCGCCGAGGCUGAGGACGGCUCUCUAAUUGCGCCUGACGAUGCUGCGCCCAGCUGGCUGCUGCUGCGGCCGAAGGAGGUCGUCAAGGUCGCCCCGAAGGUUGACGUGAGCGACGGUGACUUCGGGGAGCUUCGAUUGAGUACGGCGCCGGCAUCCCUGGUGGUUGAAGAGGCUCUGAGCCUUGCCUACACGGCUUCUUGGACCGAAGACGCGUCCCAGCGCUGGCAAGAGGUCGUCGAAGAGCUGCUGAGACGAGAGCUCAACAGCUCCCAGGCUCUGCUGGUCUUUCACUGCUUAACCCGCCUGGACUUCCACCAUCCUGUCUUGCUGGAGAGGAUGGCAGACCGACUGGAGAGUCGAUACUUCAGUGCCACGCACGACAUCGAGGAUGUGGAAGACGACGUGGAGGCGCUGCGCGCCGCCAUGGCCGGGAAGAGCCCGAAGAAAGCCGAGGCUGCUGCCCAACUUCUCGCGGCCUUCCCCAGGGGAGAGGAAGAAUCUUUCCAGUCCUUGAUCGAGAACCUCCCUCUCAGCCACAAGGUGGCGCUCAUCCUCAUUCGAUGUACUUCGCGCCCGCGGCGAGGUGGCCGAGCGCCGCAGCGAACGGAGGUGCCCCCGGAGCCAGAUGUCAAGAAGGCGUGGAAAACCACCGAUCCAAUCGACAUGGAGGAGUUCGAAAAGGAGCGAUAUCUCUCCGGCCGAUGGAAGGUCCUCCGCAUGCGAGACGUGAAGGCGAAAGUGAAGCGGAUGCCCCCUGGCAAGCGGCUGAGGGCCACACUCGCCUCGCAGCUGUUGCAGGUGCUGCCCUCCGCAGAUGCAAACGCGCUGGCCGAGAUCUCGCAGAUCACCGCCUUCCCCAACUCUCGCCUCCUCACGGGAGACCUGGAUCUGGAUUUCCGAGAGGCGCUGGCGAAGCGCAUCGGGGCUCUUGACCGCACCGCCAUCUGGCCACGCCUGGUGGCCUUUGCUACCGCGCUCAGCGGAGGUGAUGGCCCCGAGGCGUACCGAGCAUGGCGUCGGAGGCUCAUUCCCGACGCCCUGGCACUGAUGCAGCUGGACAAGCGGGAUGCAAUCCUGGCGAACCAAAGGUUCGUUCACGCACGCCUUGGCGGCGUGGUGCGGGAUCCUGGCCGCGAGCGUGCUGAGACUGCCGCGCGGCUGCUGAUCGCUUUCGCCGGUGCCAAGCAGGUCGCCAUGGAUGUGCAGCUGCUGGAUGCCCUCUGCGCCCCUCUCGAGGAUGCUUUGGAACAGCGGCUCGGAGGCCCCGAGGAUGACGAAGGUGCGCAAGGCAUGCUGCCUCUGGCUCCUGAGACCAUUGCCGACAUCCUGAGCGCGGUCGUGGCCUGUGGUGUGCAGCCGAAACGGCUCCACCGGCUCUUGGUGGACUGCCUCCUGCGCGAGAAGGUGGAAUUCUGGGAGGGCUGUGACUCGGCGGACUUGUGCACGAUCGCCUCUGCUGUCUCUCUGCUCUGUGGGGACAGCGCUCAGGCCGUGGUGGAGGUGAUGUGGACGGCUGUGCUACCUCGGCUUCGUAAAGUUCCACCAGCACUCGCGCUUGCCAUGAUCGAUGCGGUGGUGCGAGGUGGAUCUGAUGAACUUCUCCACUCUGAAUCUGUUCGAACCGCUGUGGACGAGCUCCUCGUGCAGCGAGUGGACUUCGAGCUGUCGGCGCUGGGCCACAUCGGGCAUUGA